GCGCCGGAAGAUCACGAGUGGCUUCGUUCCAGGACUUUUCUGCGCACGCGCAGUGCGGCUCAGGAGGCUCGGCGUGCCGGGCGCCGGGCUGUAUCCUUGGCGGCGUUGCGGAUGAUGAUGGUGAUGAUGGCGGCGGCGGGGGCGCGGAGCUUGUGUUGGGAGGCGGGCAAGAGGCUUUCAGUGGAGGGCAACAUCGCGGUGGGGAAGUCCACUUUUGUGAGGCUCCUCCGAAAAGCGUUUCCCGCGUGGCACCUGACCCCAGAGCCGGUCUCCAGGUGGCAGAAGGUCCAGGGCGACGGGCCCCGUCAGGCCUCCUCUCAUUCCCUGGGCUUUGGGAACCUGCUGCAGAUGAUCUAUCAGGAGCCUUCCCGGUGGUCCUACACCUUCCAGACUUACUCCUGCCUGAGCCGGCUCAAGGCCCAGCUGGAGCCUCCCCCAGCGAAGCCUCCAGAGGGGCAGGACUUUGUCCAGGUCUUUGAGCGGUCUGUGUACAGCGACAGGUACGUCUUUGCAAAAAACCUCUUCGAGAUCGGCCACCUGGCGGACAUUGAGUGGGUCAUCUACCAGGACUGGCACACUUUCCUCCUGCGAGCCUUUGAGGACCGGCUGGACCUCCAUGGCUUCCUGUAUCUCCGGGCACCUCCAGAGGUCUGUUUGGAGAGGAUGCGCCACCGAGGAAGGCCGGAGGAGAGGGAGGUCCCGCUGCACUACCUGGAGCAGCUCCACGCCCAGCACGAAAGCUGGCUGGUGACGAAGACGACCCCGAUCCACUCGGAACGCUUAAGAGCCACUCCAGUCCUGCUUCUCGAUGUCUCAAAGGACUUUGAAAACGAUCCGAGCGAGCAAGGGAAGCUCUUGAGCCAGGUGAAAAGGUUCGUGGAGAGCCUUUCCCCAGAAGCUUUCCCGUCUGCCUCGGCCGCUGCUUCCUAGCGGAGGACGUGGUUCCAACGGCCAAGCCCCUCACGAGCCGCGAUGGUGGAGACCCUCUGGAGGGAAGAGCUGAGCCGGAAGGGGCUCACUCCUCCUGGGAAUUCGGCGCCACCGGUCUUGCUGCACGAGAGCCGUGAGCCCAGGCUCUCGCCGUGCCGUUGGCAAAAGGGUCCCGAGCCGAACCUGGUCAAGCUGUAGGAGGUGGCGGUUCUCCUCGUGGCCAGUUCUGAUCAGGCACGCCCCCCCCCCAUGCCUGUGUCCCUCAAGGUUGUGGCCGUCAGCUGGGGGCGUUUCUGUCAGCGAAGGUCACGGUCCUGCCCUUCCCUCCCGCAUCCUGGAAGAAGAGGGACCCCCUCCUGCCCCUUUCGGACGGGAACAUCCGGCUCCCCUAAAUGGCGGAAGGCGGUUAAAGAGUGUCCCGCUCUUUCACAUCUUUAGCGCUCCCUUCCCCCCCCCCUUGUUAAGUGAUCACUUUAUAAAUCAGUGGCGUUGCAGGCAGCUCGGGGACCAGCCACGAGACUGGAAGUGCUUUGCAGCCUGGAAGAUACCCUGGAAUGAAUAAGAACGAGCCGCAUAGCCCUCGUUAUGAUGUGCUGUGAUUUAAGUUAAUAAAAUCUGUCCCUUUGAGGA